CGACCUUUGUUGAAUGAAAUUUUGCUGGAACUUGAAAGAUUAUCAGCAGAAACAGAUUUUGAAUUCAUUACAAAUCACCUUGCACAAGAUGUGCCAUCAAGAUUAACCUUUUCUUCGUAUCCCGAAGAAGACUCUGUUAUUAAUAAAUAUAAUUAUUGUUACGCAUGUGAGAGUAAAGAAGAAAUUAAUAUUGUGAGAUCACCGUCUCAAAGUUCCGUAUCUAUUUGUAUACUACCUGAAGAAUCGCACAGAAUUACAAAGCGUGUUGAAUCAAAAAAUGGACAUUUAGUCAUAGAUUGUCCCAUACCGCAGGGUCUGCUAACAAAUAUUCCCCAUAGUAAUACUAAAGAAUUUACACAUCUAAGAUAUACUGCUUGCACAAGUGAUUCAGGUAGUUUUAAAACUGAAAAUUUUAUGCUUCGUCAGAUAGAAUAUGAGCCUUUAAGGCAAACAGACCUAUUUAUUUUAAUUACUAUAAAUGAUGAUGAGGAUGAAACUCAUUUAUCCCGCACUCUUCAUGGAAUCAUGAAAAAUGUUGCUUACUUUUGUUCUCCCGAAAACCCUGAGACCUGGGGCAAAGAUGGGUGGAAGAAGGUUGUCAUAUGCAUAAUUUCCAAUGGUCGUGACAAUAUUAAUAACCGUAUUUUAGCUUAUUUGACCGUUCUUGGUGCUUACCAAGAUGGUGUUGCAAAGGCUCUAGUGGAUAACAAAUUGGUUGAGGCACAUAUAUAUGAGUAUACUGUUCAAAUUCCAAUUCAAAGUUUGGAAGACACUGUAGACAUGGAGUCAAAGGAUUAUGGAGUUGUUCCAACACAAAUACUUUUCUGUCUUAAAGAAAAAAGAAAAGACAAAGCAGAUACUUAUCAAUGGUUCUUCAAUGCUUUUUGUCCGAUCCUCAAUCCUAAAAUUUGUAUUCUUAUUGAGGCUGGUAUUAAGCUAGGUGACAAAUCUAUUUAUGACUUAUGGAAAUCAUUUUCAGCAAGGCCUCAAGUCGCAGGUGUUUGCGGUCAAAUAAAUAUCAUGAACAAUAUAGGCUGGAUUAAAUUAUUAAACCCAAUUGUGGCUGCACAAAUUUUCAAACAUAAAUUGUCAUAUAUUAUCGAUAUGCCAUUUGAAUCAGCCUUUGGUUAUAUUACUUCUAUGCCUGAAGGCUUCUGUGCUUAUCGGUACCCUGCUCUUCAAAAUAUUACUGAACACACUGAAGACCGUGUCUUUGGUUUUGAGUUGAUUACAAAACCUGAUUGUUCUUGGAUAUUGCAUUAUGAAAAAUCGGUCCAAGUCGAAAAAUAUAUACCGGAAGAUUUAACCAAAUUUAAACAAAAACAAAUAUGUCUAAUAAAUGA